UUAUGAGAGUUCUACUAUUAUUUGGAUUCUGUGUACCAUGGCUUUCAUCGGGACAAGAAAUCACUCGGGAUUAUUCUCCACUUCUUGAUAAAAACACCUCAGCUGUCAACCCGGGUAUCUACCUUCGAAUCAUGCCAAACGGGUUAGCUUACUUGAGAGAAGUUGGAAUGAAAGUGAUCAAUGAGCAGAUUCUUAAAUUACAACUGCCAAAUAUUAGAGAACCGAUUGAAAAUGGAGAGGUUUCAAUUUACAAUCUUCAAAUGAGCAAGUACUGGGCUCCACAGGAAUAUGCAUUGGAUAUGUCUGAACCAAGUACAUUUGCGUGGAGCAUGAGCAAGAUGCAUUUGAGAGCUGCUGGAGACUUUCAAGCCACUUUGAAUAGUCCUCUUCUGUUGCCUACCGUACCAAUUACAGGGCAUUUUGAAGCUCUUUUAGGUCACAUUAGUUUGUAUAUUACUGUUAAUAUGGAACGAAAUGCAAAUGGAGCUCCUCAAGUAAGAUCUACUGGAUGCAGAAGUGCAAUUGGAUAUGUUGAUUUGAAUGUAAGAAACACUGGAGUUAUCACUGAUUUCUUUAUCAACGCGUUUAAAGCAUUCUUGAUUGGAAACUUCAAACCACAAGUUGAACAGAAGAUGUGUAAAAUGAUUGAAUCGAUUAUUGAUCGAGAUAUGAAUAUUUUACUAUCCAACAUGCCCCUAAAAAUUCGAAUCAAUGAGAACAACUUGGACAUCAUCGGAGAAACAUUUGGAGUUGCUCCAAGAAAGCAUCAUCGGGCUGGAAAGUUAUCAAAUCUGAAUGCCAAGAAUAUCACCUUGACCCAUUUCGUACAACGGCUUCGUGAUAAGGAGUUAGUGUUGGAUUAUCAAAUGUUGACAGCUCCAUUUGUACAAAAUGGUGCUGUAAAUAUGAUGUCAAAGGGAGAAAUCUCAUAUCGAGGUCAAGGUGGAACUCCCUUCUUUCCACCAAAUGUUAGAAUUCCACCUCCACAUGGAGUUCAUAUGAUUGAAUUCUAUGCAAGUGAUUAUCUGGCUAAUUCAAUGUUGUAUCAUUCAUAUCGUCAAAAGUUCCUUGACGUCACAGUUGGACCCGAAAGUUCUCCACAGCUUCAAGGACUUUUGCUUACAAGUUGUGGUCCUGCUGGUUUCUGUCUUGGAGAGUUCCUUGGUACACUUGGAGAACAAUUCCCGGAUAGACAAGUUGAAAUUGAAUUUUUCGCAAAGAAAGCUCCACUAAUUGUGUUCAUUGAUGAUAGGUCUCGGUUUAGACUCCAUGGAGGUCUUAAUAUGUACGUAAGACCUUCGAAGCCAAAUCAAGUUAAACAGCAGAUCCUAAAAGCUGACACGACAAUGACUGCAAACGUAAACUUGUGGAUCAAUGGAUCAAUUAUUGUUGGAAACUCAACGAUUGAAAAUUUGGAUUUUAAGCUCCUUGAAACAAAAAUCAACGAUGUCGACCAAGAUUCAUUUUCCGACUUGGGAUUAUUUGGUGCUGAAUUUUUAGAGAAGCUUCUCACUGAAAUUCUUCAAAUGGGAAUUGCUCUGCCAACCAUGCAAGGUGUAAUUCUGAAGAGUCCAAAAUUAACUUUCCACGAUCGUUAUCUGAAAGUUUCAACAUAUUUCAAACUUGACGAGGAAUACGCAGGAAGUCUUGUCAGAGGAGCUGUUGGAAAAACGUUACGUGGACCAUUGUGAUGAAUGACAAAGUUACCAAAAAACAGAAAUAUCGAUAUUUAGUUACCGGUUUAUAUGUACAUUUCGAGAAAAGAAUACUGAUGAAUAUAUAAUAAAUAAGUUAUUAUCUG